GGCGCCGGCAGUGGGCGUGUGGGCCGCGCCAGGAGAUGGCCCUGCUGCUGCCGCCGCCACGGAUCUCCUCCCGGGCCCCGGGGCAGUGAGGACGCCGGCAGGAGUGGGCGCGCGGCCCCGGCGCGGCGCGGGCGCCAUGGAGGGGGUGCUGUACAAGUGGACCAACUAUCUGAGCGGCUGGCAGCCUCGAUGGUUCCUUCUCUGUGGGGGGAUCUUAUCCUACUAUGAUUCUCCUGAGGACGCCUGGAAAGGUUGCAAAGGGAGCAUCCAAAUGGCAGUCUGUGAGAUUCAAGUUCAUUCUGUGGACAACACACGCAUGGACCUGAUAAUUCCUGGGGAACAGUAUUUCUACCUGAAGGCUAGAAGUGUGGCUGAGAGACAGCGGUGGCUGGUGGCCCUGGGGUCAGCCAAGGCUUGUCUGACAGACAGCAGGACCCAGAAGGAGAAAGAAUUUGCUGAAAACACCGAAAACUUGAAAACCAAAAUGUCAGAACUAAGACUCUACUGUGACCUCCUAGUUCAACAAGUAGAUAAAACAAAAGAAGUGACCACAACUGGUGUAUCCAAUUCUGAGGAGGGAAUUGACGUAGGAACUCUGCUAAAAUCAACCUGCAACACUUUUCUGAAAACUUUGGAAGAGUGCAUGCAGAUCGCAAACGCAGCCUUCACCUCUGAACUGCUAUAUCGCACUCCCCCUGGGUCACCACAGCUGGCCAUGCUCAAGUCCAAUAAGAUGAAACAUCCUAUUAUACCGAUUCAUAAUUCAAUGGAAAGGCAAACGGAAAACAACUGUGAAAAUGGAUCUUUAAAUAUGGAAAUAAAUGGUGAUGAAGAAAUCCUAAUGAAAAACAGGAGCUCCUUAUGUUUGAAAUCUGCAGAGAUAGACUGCAGUCUAUCCAGCAAAGAAAACACAGAGGAUAAUAUAACAGUACAAGGUGAAGUAAUGAAGGAAGAUACAGAGGAAAAGCUGAGGGGUCACGACAAGGACUUGUUACAGCCCACGUCAGACCCUGUUUGCUCUCCAGAAUCCCACCAGGAAGAGGGCCAAGAAGUCAUCCCAACCUUCUUCAGUACCAUGAACACCAGCUUUAGUGACAUUGAGCUUCUGGAAGAUAGUGGCAUUCCCACAGAAGCAUUCUUGGCAUCAUGUUAUGCUGUGGUUCCAGUAUUAGAUAAGCUUGGGCCAACUGUAUUUGCUCCUGUUAAAAUGGAUCUUGUUGGAAAUAUUAAGAAAGUGAAUCAGAAGUAUAUAACCAACAAGGAGGAGUUUACUACCCUGCAGAAGAUCGUGCUGCACGAGGUGGAGGCGGAUGUAGCUCAGGUCAGGAACUCAGCUACUGAAGCCCUCUUGUGGCUGAAGAGAGGUCUCAAAUUUUUGAAAGGAUUUUUGACUGAAGUGAAAAAUGGGGAAAAGGAUAUCCAGACAGCCCUGAAUAACGCAUAUGGUAAAACCCUGCGGCAGCACCACGGCUGGGUCGUCCGAGGAGUCUUUGCGUUAGCCCUGAGGGCAGCUCCAUCCUAUGAAGAUUUUGUGGCGGCAUUAACCAUAAAGGAAGGCGAUCACCAGAAGGAAGCUUUCAGUGUCGGGAUGCAGAGGGACCUCAGCCUCUACCUCCCUGCCAUGGAGAAGCAGCUGGCCAUCCUGGACACUCUGUACGAGGUCCACGGGCUGGAGUCUGACGAGGUGGUAUGACAACUGCAGGACAGCAUCUCCUAACUUCAGGGAAUAAAGUUUGCUAGCAAGUUGCAUUGCCCUGCUUAAUUUCCAGCAACAGCUUCAGCCCUCUCCAACCCCUUUCCUUGGGAUUGCGAAGAGGAAGCAAAACCCAGUGCUUUUAUAUGUAAUUUUUAAAAAGGCAUAUGUGUUUUGUGUAUUCAUAAAUCAAGGUGCUACAUAUUUCAGUUCAACGGAUCUACUGGAAACCAAAUCAAUAGCUGUUAUAGACUUGAACAGCACGUUCUAAGAGCAGACUUGACAUAUGAAUUUGUUGAUGUUGUGAGCAUAUUGUUUUAUUUUAAACUUUUGUUUUAAUGGACCGUUCAAACCCAAGCUGAAAAUGAGCAAAUUCUGUAGCAAGGACUAUAAUUUCUAGCCAAUGUUUUAAACAAUUUAGAAGUCAGCCCUUUUUUGCUCAAGCAACUGCAGUGUAGAAGUGACUGUUUCUAGAUGUUCUGUACUGGAGUCUCUUCUCCAUGACUUGGUGAGAAGAGCCUGUGUAGUAAUGUUCAUUGACAUGAUCUUGUGAUUGUGGCAAGUGAAGACUUGGACAAGGAAGGACUGCGUCCUCACCAACAGGUGGGAGUUGAGUGGGGUGCCCUGACUCCCAGCUGGAGGAUAGUAUGGGAGGGGUGGGGUAGGUCAGUUGAGUGACACCCAUCUGAUGACACCCUUCUCCAGUAUAUUUCCCCGUGCUGUGUCUCAUCUAGAUAUGAUUGUGACACCAAGAUACCCAAAGGGUUCAGUGCCCCACUUCAGAAGAGUCAGCGCUUAGGGGUCUUCUCACAGGUACUCUCUCAGGGAGGAGCCAUGUGACUUGCAAGUAUGACCUGAACCACUUCAAUGUCAAAUCACAGGGAAUGCUUGUCCAGAGGGCAGAUUCUAGGCCUGUCUGACUGAAAGAACCAGAAUCUGAGGGUGAGGCUCAGAGAGCCACAUGAAACCUCCCAAGUCAUUCUUGGGCACACAGCAUUGAUGAAAUUCUAGUUUACAGAAUGCCCUUUUGCAAGGAGCAAGAGGCCAUCACUUGGAUGCAUAGUUCAGUGGAUAGUGAGAAGUGAAGAGAGUUGACUCAGCAGCACCCUUUACUGAAGCAGAGUGGGCACCCAGGCAGUAGGCCUGAUACUGUCCACAGGGCCAUAGUGCGGAAGCAACUCACUGAUCAACUGUAGGGUCAUUACCAAGAGUGCAGCCAGCUACAUGCAACUGCUUGUCAGUCUCAAACACCUUUGGGCAGUGUGAGAAUUUAAACAUGAAAACUAAGUAUUUCAUGAAACAACCUUGGAUGGGCAUUCCUUCUACAAAGUAUGGUGCCUCCUCCCCCAGUAGGCCAUGCUGCCUAUCCUGUACAUGUGACCGCAGGUGACCUCCUGUGGUCUCGAGAGGAGGUGGGCACUGAAUGUGCUUCAAACUUGCCACUAAGUCUCCCAGUCCACAUGAGAGGAAAGCUCCUGGGCCUGGCCGUGUCACACCAAUGCAGAUACAAGGCCAUUUUCUGAACCAAGAGAAGCUUAAUAUGAUCUGGGAUCAUUGUGGGAACCUAGUAACAUGCAGCAGCUCAAGUCACAUGACUAAGCUCCAUUUUCCAGCCACCCUUUGUCCUGCCCUGUGGAAAGAGUAAGUUUUGUGAUAGGUGUCUUCCUCACUAGAGCCUAUGAAGCUUGGAAAAGUGGGAUCCUUAAAGUGCCUCAAAACUGAACUAAACAGAGAAUGAUAAUCAACUUGAGUUUCCUUCUGAGUCUGUGGUGUUUAUGUCUUCUCUGGAAGGCAUCAGUUGUGCUGAACUUAGCUACAGUCUGAGAAGGGAGCAAUGAGAAAAGGGACUUAGAGUUGUCUCUCCAGAGCCCCCCAAAGCUGCUAACUGAGAGAUCUGAAAGUUCUGGAACGUCUGUGUUCUCCUUGCUCAGAACACUCUGAGGAUUCCCUUUUUGGCAUAAUCCUUAGAGAGAACCUGAAGAAGAAGGCAGCGUAUUUUAUACCUAUUAGUGAAAGUGAAGCAGUAGCAGGUGGCUGACCCCUUAGGAAGCACUCCCACAGGCCUGCCCAUCAUGCCUGUACUUGGGCCUACAGUGGAACCUUGAUAGUUAGUGAGGCCGGGGUGUAUUUGUUGAACUACACAACAGUCCUCUUGGUGGUGGUGAGUCUUUUGUCCUUUGGAAACAAAUCUAACUCAGUUAUAGCACAGGGUGAGAAAUAUUACUCCUGGGUGAGAGGGCGUUCCUCUUGGGGGCUGAAUUCAACCUGUGAGAAAGAGACAACUGUCUCAUCAGCUCUUGAUUCAUCUCUGAAGGGAUUCAUCUCAGAAAGAGCUGCAUAUGAGCCCCAGGAAUGUGCAGUGAGACACCUUAUCAUCUGAACAUCCUUCGAGAUACCAAUAUUUUCCACAAAGGAUACCUACAGUCUGUUGUUCAGCAUGAUUUGCUCCUGAAAAUUGCCAGUAGUGCCCCAAAUCUGUCCCCCACUUUCAGCCUGUCUUCCCUUAUUCCUCAGUAGCAGCCCUGAACACAGAUGGAGCUUCUGGCCUCGACCUCGGCAGGCUACAAGCACUUCCAGCAGGAUGCAGGCAUCCCUUCAUAGCUGUAGAGCAGGUGGUGUGCCACUCUGGCAGAGGUGGCCUUGGUAGGUGAGCACCACUGGAAAGUUUACACUCUUUUCUUUCUGGUGACUACUUCCAUUACAAGUAGGUGUCCAGAAAUGUAAUGCUCUUAACAUCAUAUUUUCAGCAAAGCAUUUUUAAUUUUUAAAAUACAUGUGUGUGUUGUAGGAUCAAAUAAACAUUUUUCUUUGUUAAAUUUGAAGUGAAGGAAGAACUGAAGUAAGAAAUUUCUUAUAAAGCAAACUGAUUAUGAUAUGAAGAAAUCUCAGAUGAGGCAAUAGAACUAGAGGGUCAUGAGCAAUAGAAGCAUUGGGGAAACUUUCUCAAGCAAAACUACCUUUGUGCUUUUUCCCACGCCUCUACCACACCCUGUAAGACCUUGGUUACAUAAAGGUAUAUUUCUGAAUCAUU